AGUCAUAAUUGUUUAUGACAUUUGAUGGUUUGAUGCCAACAAGCGGUAUAUUUUGCGUGUGAUUUAAAUUUUUAGUCUAAAACUGAGUCCUAAUUUAUAACAUUGGGUAAAUUACUCUAUUUGCAACAUCAUGCUCGGUUUUUCUAACGCCGGAAUUCCUGAUAAAUCAUGGCAGCCGCCCAUUGCUGUGUUAGAAACAACUAUGGGCCCGGUAGUUGUGGAGAUGUACUGGAAGCACGCGCCAGUAACAUGUCGAAAUUUUAUGGAAUUGGUUCGCCGCGGUUACUACAACAAUACGAAAUUCCACAGAGUCAUAAGGGAUUUCAUGAUACAAGGCGGUGAUCCUACUGGUACGGGGAAAGGCGGACAAUCUAUAUACGGACCGACGUUUGAUGAUGAGAUAGCUUCAGACUUGAAGCACACAGGUGCUGGGAUAUUGUCCAUGGCGAAUGCUGGGCCCGACUCCAAUGGGUCGCAGUUCUUUAUUACGUUGGCUCCUACGCAGUGGCUUGAUGGAAAACACGCAGUCUUUGGAAGAGUGCAGUCUGGGAUGGCUGUUGUGAAGAGAAUAGGAUUAGUUGAGUGUGAUAAAAACGAUUGUCCGGUUGAUGAUGUCAAAAUAGAUAAGGCUUACAUCCCUAAGUAGAAAGAACUGUUUUCAAAGUUUGGACUUCAGUAUUUAGUGCUAGGCUAAGUUAAUUUCACGCUUCUACUCAAAUAUGUGGUACAUUAUUGUUAUUUACUGAACAAAAUACAAUUCAAAUGUUGCUCAAAGUUUUCAUAGUUAUUGUAACGAGUUUUUAACUAAAACUGUCUUACAAAUGAGAUGUUACAUACACAUAGUUAAGUAUACAUCAUCAUUAUUUCAGCUACAGGACAUUCUCUGCUGAACAUAUGCCUCCCGCAAUUACUUCCAACCGGCCUAUCCAGAUAGUCCAAGGCAUAUCCGGUUAAUUAGGCCUUGAUUGAUUGGCCUAAUAUUGCUAUACCAAAACAAACUGAAAUUCUAACUAAAUGAAUUUGUUUGAAUAUAAAUGUUUAUUUUUUCAUAACUAAAUAGUAGCAUGUAAAUAACUGUUUGUAUUGUUGUAUUGGAUUGUUUAGUGUUGUAAGUGUGAAUUAUAAGGAGAAGUGAAUAAUAUUUUGAUGAUUGAAAUAUGUAUGUAUGUACCAUAAAACGGGGUGAAUAGAAUUUGAGGAAUGAAUAGGUACAGAAGACGGGUUACUAAAUUUUGGGAAAAUAUUCUAACAUCUAACAACCCAUUCCUGUGUCUAUUCACCCCAUUUGACUAAAUGUAUGAAAUAAUAGUGUAUUUUCCUAGAACAACUUUUAAGAUGACUUUAUAAUGCCGGUUGCAUGCUGUCCUUAAGGUGAAUGUUCCGAGCUCUUCAUGGCUCGUUUCCCGAUAGAUGGCGCUGAAUUGAACAUUUUCAGUUUUAUGUUGUUUUGAGUGUCAUUGGAACAAUAUUAAGUAACAGAAAUAGUAAUGCGAAAAUCAGGCAUCCCACUUUAUCGGAAUUAGUCAAAUUAUCGCCUCAAAACCCAUCCGAUUUGCCAUAAAAGCGAAAUAUUAAUAUCCAACUCUGUUUACAGUCAUUUAUACACACAUAGACAUAGCGCCUACUUUAAAAUCAACCUUUCUUCAAAAUUAACCACUAGAUGGCGUGCAUUUAAAAGUUAAUAGGCUGGUACCUGUAGAAAUUAUGUCUUGGGGAUUAGGAACUAAAGAACACCAUCUGAUGCUAUUAUGUUCUAAAAAUAAAAGGUAUAAGUAGUGUUAUAUUUAGGUACUAAAUAGCAUAAAACAAAGUCGUUUUCUCUGUCCCUAUAUCCAUAUGUAUGCUUUCUACACUAAGGAUUUUGAUGCUGUUUCUUUUAAUCGAUAGAGUGAUUAAAGAGGAAGGUUUAUAUGUAUAAUACAUGUAUAUUAUAGUAGGGAAACUGAUAAUUUUGCACCCGUGCGAAAACGGGGCGGGUCACUAGUUUGGGAAUAAAAUGAAUGUCAAGAAUGCAA